GAAUGAGUCCUGGAGCAGCCCAGGUUGGGAGGAUUCAGAUCCUGACCUGAGCAUCCCGACCCGAGCAUCCACGAUCCUGAGUGACAGAUGUGUCCCCAGAUGCCACUGGUCCCGCAUCUGCAGGAGGAGGGAAUGUCCUGCUCAGCCUUUCGGUUCUAUGUCCUGCUCAGCCCUUCCCAUCCCUGUCCCUUCAACCAGCACCACCUGGGACCUGGGCCACCUGCCUUAACCAAGGAUGCUCUUCACUGGGGGCACCUCUGUGCCUGCGCCCUCCCCUCUGUCACAGGUGCCCGCGGGCCACACAGGAGGUUCCAGGGGCCUGUUGUUCCCUGCACCGGGAGCCAAAAAUAGCAGCAGAAGCAGCAUGUGUGACCUUCAGCAUCCCUGGGGGUGGUGGCCAUGCCCGCCCUGUGCUGGGGAGCCCACGGGUUCCGGUCCUGCGGACCUGGGAAGCCCCGGCAGCUGCGGCUCCUUCUGCAUGUGGGGCAGCAGGGGGAACCAGGGGGGUAGCAGAAGGAACCGGGGUGCCUAUAUCUUCCCACAGCCCCCCAGGAGCUGCAGUCUGUGCCAGGGACCGGAGCAUGGUGCUCGUCUUCGCCCUCCGUCUCCUGGGCAGCUCCGCUUUGCUUCUGGCCACGGCGGCUGGGGCUCAAGCCGCCCGAUGCUGGAUCACACACAUCUCGUAUGGGAAGAUUGUAUCCGCUGCUCGCCCUCCCUACAAGAGCGGGGACACCGUGAGCUUUGUGUGCAACACGGGGUACACCUUGCAAGGCUCCCACACAAGCACCUGCCAAGAUAACUCCAGAUGGAGCCCACCUCUGCCAGUCUGCAAAAAGGAGGUGACGUGUCCUCGGCCACCAAACAUCGCCAAUGGGAUGCACAGUGGACAGUCCUCGGGCAAGUUUUCCCGGGGAGUGACGGUGUAUUACAGCUGCAAGGAUGGAUUCGAGCUGGUCGGGAACGCGUCCAUCCGCUGCGGUGAGAGCGGGGUGUGGAGCAGACCCCUGCCCCGCUGCGAAGCAAUUGGAUGUAAGAUACCCGAGGUGCAGAACGGGAAGAUCUACGAGCCACAGAGCACCUACAAAGCUGGAGAGACUCUUCAGUUUGGCUGUGAUGCCGGUUAUGAUGCAGACACCGAUGAGAGUCAGUGCCAGCCCGGUGGGACCUGGGACCCGGUGCUCACGUGUGAGAGGGUCCGCCCAUGCCCCAUGCCUCCAGAGGUCACCAAUGGAAAUCACAACAGCCAGGGCAAAGCAAACUUUACCAUGGGGAUGUCUGUAACGUACACCUGUGAUCCUGGCUACUACCUGGUUGGAAACGCCGUUGUGUUUUGCAGAGCAUCUGGGAACUGGAGCUGGCCUGUCCCUCAGUGUGAAGAGGUGACGUGUCCUCGGCCACCAAACAUCGCCAAUGGGCUGCACAGCGGACAGUCCUCGGGCAAGUUUUCCCGGGGAGUGACGGUGUAUUACAGCUGCAAGGAUGGAUUCGAGCUGGUCGGGAACGCGUCCAUCCGCUGCAGCGAAAGCGGGGUGUGGAGCAGACCCCUGCCCCGCUGCGAAGCAAUCGGCUGUGAGAUACCCGAGGUGCAGAAUGGGAAGGUCUACAAGCCACAGAGCACCUACAAAGCUGGAGAGACUCUUCAGUUUGGCUGUGAUGCCGGUUACACCACAAACGCCUAUGAGAGUCAGUGCCAGCCCGGUGGGACCUGGGACCCGGUGCUCACGUGCGAGAGGGUCCGACCAUGCCCCAUGCCUCCGGGGGUCCGCAAUGGAAAUCACAACGGCCAGGGCAAAGCGUUUUUUACCAUGGGGAUGUCUGUAACAUACACCUGUGAUCCUGGCUACUACCUGGUUGGAAACGCCGUUGUGUUUUGUAGAGCAUCUGGGAACUGGAGCCGGCCCAUCCCUCAGUGUGAAGUGACCGUGUGCGUAAACCCCGAUAUAGAGAACGGAAGGCAAGUUGAUGUUCGAGGACUUAUCUCUGCGCCUGGGCAAACGGUGACAUUUCAGUGUCACAAAGGUUACAGCCUGCAAGGCAGCGCUCAGAUCUCCUGCCAGGAGGAUGGCAGCUGGCACCCUCCUGUCCCCGUCUGCGAGAGACCCCACCGUGACCAGGAGGUCCCAAACAGCCUUAAACCUCGAGGUGGUUGUGGUGCUCCUACAAGGUUACACUUUGCUGAGCUAAAUGAGGAGCAUAAAAAUGAGAUUGAUUUUUCUGUUGGGAAGACUGUGCAAUACACUUGCCGACCUGGAUAUGCUAAACACCCAGGGAUGUCACCUACUAUUACCUGCCUUGAGAGCGGAGUGUGGUCAGAAGCACUAGAGUUCUGUAAAAAGAAAAAAUGCAAUCAUCCCGGUGAACCUGUGAAUGGAAAAAUCAGUUUCCUAACAGAUGUCCUGUUUGGGUCAACAGUGCACUACAGCUGCGAAGAAGGGCACAGGCUAAUUGGACAAUCCAGCAGACGAUGUGAGAUUUCGGGUGGACGCGUUGAGUGGAGCGGCGCUGUUCCCAUUUGUCAGAGGAUCCCUUGUGCGCCACCUCCGGACAUCCCCAACGGGAAGCACACGGGCAGGCUGCUGGACGAAUUCCACUUCGGCACGUCGGUGACGUACACCUGCAACGCCGGGUUUCCGCUGCACGGAGAGCCCAACAUCCACUGCACCACCCGCGAUGGCAAAACCGGCGUGUGGAGCGGCCCCCCGCCGCAGUGCGGAGAGGCGAGAUGUCCUGUUCCACAGGUCCAGAAUGGGAGAAUAGUGUCUCCUAGGACUGCCUACACACACAAGGACACUGUCACUUUUGAGUGCGAGCCAGGCUACGUUCUGCGCGGCCAGAGAGUGGUACAAUGCCAACUAAAUAACACCUGGGAGCCGCCUGUGCCAGUCUGCGAGCAGGCUGGUUGCAAAGCACCUCCCAGCCUGGCGUUUGCUGAGCCGAAGGAGCCGUAUGACAACCAGAGCAUCUUUCCCGUGGGGAGGACGGUGAAUUACGUCUGCCGGCCUGGGUACACCCAGCACCUGGGGAUGCCACAAGCCAUCACGUGCCUUGAGAAUCAGACAUGGUCCGUGGCGCUGGAGUUCUGCAAAAGGAAACAAUGUGCUAACCCAGGCGACCCGGAGAAUGGCAGAGCUGUUGUCCUGACCGACCUCCUCUUCGGGUCCAAAGUGAACUACACUUGCAACAAAGGGUACAAGUUGGUGGGAAGCUCUCAGAGAACAUGCGAGGUCUCCGGCACACAUGUCUCGUGGAGUGGAGAUGCUCCUGUCUGCCAGCAGGUGAAGUGUCCUCCUCCUCCGGGCAUCGCCAACGGGAAGGCCAGUGGCCAACCCUCGGCCACCCACCUGCCGGGCUCGGCCGUGCUCUACACCUGCAGGGACGGCUACUCCCUGGUGGGGAACGGCUCCAUCACCUGCACCGCCGCAGGCACGUGGAGCCGGCCCCGGCCCCGCUGUGAAGCAACUGGCUGCAAAAGACCAGAGAUCCAGAACGGAAGAACAAUGGGGCUGGAGACCGUGUACAGAGUCACAGACAUUGUUGUCUUCGAAUGUGAUUUUGGUUAUGCCUUGAAGGGCUCUCAAGAGUCUCAGUGCCAGUUCGGGGGCACGUGGAACCCUCCUGUCCCCAUCUGUGAGAAGAUGCUACAGUGUCCUUCCCCUCCAAGCAUCAAAAAUGGCCAGCAUGCGAGUAAGGAUGUGAAAGUGUUCAUCCCCGGAGUAUCAGUGAGGUACUACUGUGACCCGGGGUAUGUCCUUACCGGCAAAACAACAGUUUCCUGUUUGACAUCUGGAACCUGGAGCAUCCCUUAUCCCCAUUGUGAAGUGAUCAACUGUGCAAGCCCCAUUGUCCAGAAUGGAGAUGUGGCUGAAGGGCAGAGUGCUGUGUACCCUCCUGGGGCCAACGUCACCUUCCAGUGUCACCCGGGCUUUGUGCUUCAUGGUAGCAGUGAGGCCGAGUGCCAGCUCGGUGGCCGCUGGGCACCUGCUGUCCCCACCUGCGAGCCAGCGCUGCCUUGUCCUCCUCCUCCCGUCAUCGCCCACGCCACGCACAGCGCGGAGCUGGGGACAAACUUCACCAGCGGCAUGUCCGUGAGCUACAGCUGCGAUCCUGGAUACCUUCUUGUUGGGGAGGCGCAGCUUAAUUGCACUUCUUCUGGAGCUUGGAGUGUGCCUGCCCCCCGAUGUGAAGGACGGCUGUGUCCCUCACCAUCAGCAAUUGACCAUGGCCAGCACGAUGGUGAGGAUGUGAAACUGUUCGCGCCUGGAAAGUCUGUAAACUACAGCUGUGACCCUGGCUAUUCUCUUAUUGGAAAAACAACUCUGUACUGUACGGUCAAUGGAAGCUGGAGCAUCCCUUACCCCUGGUGUGAAGUGAUCAACUGCACAAACCCCAACAUCCAGAAUGGAGAUGUGGCUGAAGGACAGAGUGCUGUGCACCCUCCUGGGGCCAACGUCACCUUCCAGUGUCACCCAGGCUUUGUGCUGCGGGGUAGCAAUGAGGCCGAGUGCCAGCUCGGUGGCCACUGGGCACCUGCUGUCCCCACCUGCGAGCCAGUGCUGCUGCAAUGCCCUUCACCUCCAAAUAUUGACAAAGGAAAUCACAACAGCCAGGGCUUGGAAGUUUUCACUGCUGGGAUGGUGGUCAACUACAGCUGUGACCCUGGCUACAGCCUCCAGGGAGAGGCAUCGAUUUACUGCACCGACUCUGGAAACUGGAGCCUCCCUCUUCCCCGGUGUGCAGGUACAUGGUGGUUCCGAGGUGGCUGCGGGGCACCUCCAAACUUAACCUUUGCUAAGCUGACUGAGGAAUAUAAAAACCUGACCGAGUUUCUUGUUGGGGACACGGUGCGAUACAGCUGCCAGCUGGGAUACAUGAGACACCCCGGAGUAUCUCCAACCUUGACAUGCCUCAAAAACCACACGUGGUCUGAAGCGCUAGCGUUUUGUAAAAGGAAACAGUGUAAAUACCCAGAAACACCAAAGAAUGGCAGAGUUGUUGUUCUGACAGAUCUUCUUUUCGGGUCAACCGUGAGCCAUACGUGUGAAGAUGGGCACCGGCUGGUUGGACACUCUCACAGGCGAUGUGAGAUUUUCGGAGCAGAUGUCGCAUGGAGUGGUGUUCUCCCUCUUUGUCAGAAGGUGGUAUGUCCGGUCCCACGGAUCCAGAAUGGGAGAGUAUCUGUUCUUAAAUAUCGCUACACAUACAAUGACACUGUGAGCUUUAAGUGCCGCAAAGGUUUCACCUUGCGAGGCCACCGCACGGCUCGGUGCCAGGCGGAUAAAACGUGGGAUCCUCCGGUACCCGUUUGUGAGCAGGAUGGAAUGGCAGAACGCUAUCAUCAUCCUGAUACCACAAUGAAGCCAGUGCUGCACUGUCCCAAGCCUGCAGAUAUCACCCAUGGGUCUCUCAGUGGCCCAGCAAAAGCAUUUUUUACUCCUGGAACAUCUGUAAGAUACACCUGUGAGCCCGGGUUCUCUCUCAUUGGACCAGCAUCCAUUUCUUGCACAGAGUCUGGAGCCUGGAGCCAUCCUCCCCCAGUCUGCCAAGUUGUCAGGUGUUUCCACCCUCCAAACAUCACCAACGGGAAGCUGAACGGCAACAUCUCCGACACUUUUUCCUACGGAGCAUCCGUAUCCUACAGCUGCGACCCUGGUUAUUCGCUCGUUGGGAACGCUUCCAUCAAGUGCACGGUGUUGGGAACCUGGAGCCGGCCUCCUCCUCGGUGCAAAGAGAUCAGAUGUGUAUUCCCAGAAGUUCAAGGUGUUAAGAAAGCUGUACAAGGAAAUACUUAUCGCUCUGGGACUAAUGUCACCCUUGAAUGUGACGAUGGUUACACGUUGGAAGGCAUCAGUCAGAUUCAGUGCCAAGAGGACUUGAGCUGGGACCCUCCUGUCCCAGCCUGUAAACUGACAUCACACAAGUCUGGCUCAGUAGGCCUAGGAGUGGCAGCCGCAGGAGUCCUGCUCCUCCUGGGGGCAGCCGUUGUCCGGAAAAUUAUUUCUAAGCAGAAGGAAGGCUAUUAUAAUACACAUGAAAACUGCAGUUACCAAACCCCUCUGAGUGAGACAACUGAGCAAAAACGUUCAUGUCUUCCACAGAAGGCUGGGCACCUGUGCUGCUGCUAACCAGGCAUUGGAGUCGUUGUCCAUACAGAGAGCGGCUGCAGGGAAACGUUGCUCAUGUUGAGACUGGAAUUCUGUGGCAAAAAAAGAGGCACUUUACUGCAGAAUCAGAUAAUUCUCCCUGUGUUCCCGUUAAUUACUGCAGAGAUCUAAUGAAGCUCAAAUACAGAUGCUGCUUCAGAGGGAUUUCUGGGUCCUGCUGCCACCUGAGGAGCAUUUCUCUAUUUGCACACCCUGCGAUAAGCAAGAUCCUUGGAAACUUCUUGUGCCUGGGUGGGACUCAUCAUUUCUUAAACCCAAUAUUGUCUUAAUUAGCAACCGUAUUCACAUCUGCAGCUCUCUGAUUGCAUCCAGAAACACUUAUUUGCACCAUUUCCCUACGAGUGCUUCACCUACUCAAAGCUGAACGUGGGAAAAUGAUCACUUUAGGUCUUGUCUCUUGUAAGGAAUAUUUAAUGAAGAACUGUUGUUUUUACAUAACAGAGGACGUGGCACCUGACCCCAGCAGGGGGAAGGACUGAGAGACAUGGGACUACGAAUCCUUAAUGUAAAACACAGUGUCUUCCCAGAAUAUAUACUGAUAACUGCAUGCAUACUGAUACCUGUAUUUACAAGUUAAUUUAGGGGGAAGGGUAGCCGAAGUACCAGGAAUCCAUAUCUUCAAUAGAUUGAUAAGGGGAAUGGUAUUGUAUGUAAACUGAGGCAGGUUGGGUAGCCUGUAAACCCUGAAGUAUAAUGGGGAACAGGGGAGGGAAAUUGCGGCUGGAAUUUUGGAGGAUACAAGCAGGGGCUUUUUGCCCUAUUAUGUGUGCCUGCCAUUAGGUACAACACCCGGUGUUGCAAUAUUGUUAUUAAAAGAAUUGCUUUGCCGAAGAGAUCCUGCCUGAGCCUAUUAUAUUUACAAAACAAUUGUUUCCUACAAUUAGUAACUGUAUUCACGUCCGCAGCUCUGCGAUUUAGCCCAGGAACGCUUAUUUGCACUGUUCCCCUAGGAAUGCUUCACCUAAUAAAAGCUGAAGGUGGGAAAACGA